AUGGAUGGCGCUGCAUGUUCUGUGUGUGUGCGCGGCGUGCGUGUGAAGCGAUGGCCGCCGUCGCCCCGCCUGACGCUCGUCUCUCCUCUCGGCAGGUGCCUGCCGUCGCACGUCGGCAAGUACUGCCAGUACGAGAACCCGUGCGUGACGGGCCGCGGCCAGCGGUGCCAGAACGGCGGCGAGUGCUACGUGGUGCCCAACAACAGCUCGAGUCCUGGCUUCUCGUGCCGCUGUCCGAUCGGCUACACGGCCAGCCUCUGCGAGAUCCCCGUGGCCAACGCGUGCGACAGCGAGCCCUGCUUCAACGGCGGCACGUGCACGCUCGUGACGCUCGACACGUACCGGUGCACGUGCCCGGCGCGCUUCCGCGGCGACAACUGCCAGAUGCGAGACCACUGCGCCUCGCAGCCGUGCCGCAACGACGCCCAGUGCACCUCGCUGGCCUCCAGCUACCGCUGCACGUGCGCCGACGGUUUCACGGGCUCCAAGUGCACGGAUGACAUCAACGAGUGUGACCGGCAGCCGUGCGGCCACGGCCGCUGCGUCAACACGUUCGGCAGCUACCAGUGCAUCUGUGACGCCGGCUACACAGGCCGCAACUGCGACACCAACUACGUGCCGUGCGUGCCGUCGCCCUGCCUGCACGGCGGCAACUGCACCGUCAUCAACGAUCUGGAGCACUCUUGCGAGUGUCGACUCGGGUUUACCGGCAAAGACUGCGAGGACAACACGGACGACUGUGCGGGCAACCUCUGCCAGAACGGCGCUCAGUGCAUCGACGGCAUCAACUCGUACAGCUGCAAGUGCCCGCCGACCUACACCGGCGAGUACUGCAACCAGGACGUGGACGAGUGUGCGUUGCGUCCCUCCAUCUGCAAGAACGGCGCGACUUGCACCAACACCAUCGGCGGCUACUCCUGUAUCUGCGUCAACGGCUGGAUCGGCGAUGACUGCAGCGAGAACGAGGACGACUGCGCCAAGGGAGGCUGCUUCGACGGCGCCACGUGCCACGACCGCGUCGGCACCUUCCACUGCGAGUGUCCGCCCGGCAAGACAGGUCUGCUGUGUCAUCUGAACGACGACUGCGCCUCGAACCCGUGUCACGCGGGCGCCAAGUGCUACACAUCUCCCAUCAACGGCACGCACAAGUGCCACUGCGAGACCGGGUACUCGGGCAACGACUGCUCCAAGGAUCUGGACGAGUGUGAAGAAGGCUCGCCGUGUGAGCACAACGGCAUAUGCGUCAACACGCCCGGCUCGUUCAGGUGCAAGUGCACCAAGGGCUUCACCGGCGCCAG